UGCUAUUUCAUGCAGGUGGCUAUGAUGAGCUUAUAGAUUGGCAACAAUUGCAUCCACAACUAAGGAAUAAUUCAAGAAGUGAAUAUCCUUCAAAUUUUGUUGAAAAUUAUGAUCAUAUUGAUGAAGGUGAAGGGGCUCAAAGCAAAAAUAGUUGGGGAUAUGUGAAAGUUAACAUGGAUGGUGUUAUUGUUGGAAGGAAAAUUUGCAUUCUUCAACAUUCAAACUAUCCUAGCCUUGCAAUACAACUUGAAGACAUGUUUGGAAAACAAAGUAUGGAUAGGCUAAGGUUAUUCCAAGAUGGUUCAGAGUUUUCCCUAUUUUACAAAGACAUGAAUGAACAAUGGAGGACUGUUGGUGAUGUUCCAUGGAAUGAAUUUGCAGAUCAAGUGAAGAGGCUAAGAAUUGUGAGGAAAGAUGAAGCAUUUUUCCCCAAUUGAAAUUAAUCAAUUUAUGUAACAUUUAUAAUUUCUAGACUUAUUUAAGUUGUAUUAAUAUUUCUGUUAAUUGAGUGAUCAUAUAUUAAGUAGGUAAUUAAUAGUUUGUGUGGUGUUGUAUUUAGAGUAAAUUUUAUUUAGAGGCAUCGAAUAGAGUUACUUGAUAUCUCUUUCGAUAAUAAAUUACAGAUAAAUGAUGAAAAUGUGUGUUAUAUGCAA